AUGUCCCAAGACAACGAAUUCCUGGUACGUCUCACAGAUAAGCCCGACGUCCUCGAAACUCGGAUCGCAAAUCGGCCUUUGCAUCUUAUGCACAACCAACAACACUUCGCAUCGGGAAAGAUUGCCUUCGGCGGUCCUUUUUACUCAUCACAACCUGAAGAUGGCGAGGAGAGUAUGUCCAAAAUCAUAGGGAGCAUUCAUCUUUGCAAAGCUUGCACCGAAAAGGAAGUUUGGCAAAUGGUUCGUGAUGACCCUUAUGCCAAAUUGGGGGUGUGGGAUCUGGAGCGGACGGCGGUGACACCUAUGAAAGUUUUUGUCAGCAAACCUCUGUGA